CGACCCCUCUCCAGCCUCAGAGAGGGUCAGCUCUCCCUCCCUUUCCCGUCUCCAGACCAAGUUGGCACCGCCCCGCGACGGCCUUGCGUAGUGCACACAGGGGCUGGACUGCCGUGUAUGCGUCGCUAUGCGUCCUCCUCGCUAGUUGCCCGGCCCGCAGCGGGCAUGGUGCAGCCGCCGCCCGGGCGGCAUGGCGACCUGGAAGCGGGACAGUCGGCUCACCGCUCUGCAGCGGCUCAGCUGCGCCGGGCUGGCCGGGGCGCUGAGCCACAGCCUGACGGCGCCUCUGGAAGUUUUCACCGUCCUGGCCCAAGUUGGCACUCACCACUCGCGGCGAGGGCUCUGGGAGACGGGGCGCAGCUUAUGCAAGGCCGAAGGCAUUGGGGCCCUCUGGAAGGGCAACCUCACCGCCUGUUUGCGCCUCUUUCCCUACAGCGCCCUACAACUGGCCUCCUACCGCAGGUUUGUCUUGCUGUUUGUGGGUGAUUUGGGCCACAUCUCCCAGUGGGGUUCGAUCAUGGCUGGAAGUUUGGCUGGCAUGGUGGCUGCUGUUGCAACAUACCCAACUGAAGUCGUCAAAACCCGUCUCAUUGUACAGAACCGGUUGGAGCCCUCCUACAAAGGAAUUCUGCAUGCUUUGUACAUGAUUUAUCAUCAAGAAGGUGUCGCUGCACUUUACCGUGGUGUUUCACUGUCAGUAUUAGGUGCUAUCCCGUUUUCCAUUGGCUCUUUCCUCGUUUACACACAUCUGGAUAAAAUCUGGGGUCAGCCCAGCAUCCGCUUUACUCCUGUGCAGAACUUUGUGAAUGGCUGCCUGGCUGCUGGUGUUGCACAGUCACUUUCUUUCCCUUUUGAAACAGUCAAGAGGAAAAUGCAGGCUCAGAGUCCUUGCCUCCCACACCACGGAGGGGUUGAUGUCCAUUUUGCAGGCAUGGUGGACUGUUUUAAGCAAACGGUGAAGACAAAAGGGGUGCUUGCCCUUUGGAAUGGACUCACUGCUAACUUACUCAGGAUUGUUCCUUAUUUUGGAGUCAUGUUCAGCACUUUUGAAUUCUGUCGUCGCGUCUGCCUGUAUCGAAAUGGUUACAUUGAUUCGCCUCUGACCUACAAGCUAACUCCAGGUGUGGACCAGACUUUAAAGCCUAAAGAACUGCAAGAAUUUAAACUACUUGGAAGAAGAAGCUUUUAAGCCUCAGGAUGCAUUUUCUGCAAAGCAAUACUAGGUCAACGCUACAAAAUAUGACGCUGUGGUUCACUACCAGCUAACUAGCCCUCAGUUUAACAGCAUGUGACUUUUUCCUUAAAAUGCCUCUUAUUGAUAAAACUAGGCCUGAACUACUGAAUGGGCCACUAAGCCAAUGGAGCUCACCAGAUAUUGAUUGUGGUCUGCCGUGCAAUAGAGAACCUCCAUCCCGUGGCCACAAGUGGCAUCAAGUGUGGAGCAGACGGCUGCCCACUUGUCAAUCACAGGACGCCACAAUGGUUUCGGGUGCAAGGUGCUUUGAAGUCCCAAAGUCAAGACUUCCAAAGCAUCUUGCAAGGCACUGCUAAAACAGAGGGCAAGGGCGUCUUUCGUGUUCUUGGGGUUUCCGUGCAAACCCUUCCCUGAAUCAGGAUAGGGUUUGCAUGGAAUCCUGCCAAACGGAGCAGGAUUUAACCCUGUUCAUCAACUGAUGAGUGGGAGUUAAAUCCUGCUCCGUUUGGCUGCACACCUGUUCAGGAUUUAACUCCGCCCUCCUAACUGUCAGCUAUCAUCAGCUGACGUCUGCUGAUGGACGGGUGGGCACAUUUGGGGGGGGGAAGUGGCCUUGCAGGCCAAAUUGGCAGCCCAAGAUUGGCCCAGGAGGUGGUGGUUCCCUACCCCUGCUCCAAACAGACUUCAAAGAGGCUCCCUGAUCAUUGGUUACAGCAAACUGCUAUGGAGGAACAUCUUCAAAGGAGGCUGCUGUUAAUUACCAAUCAGCUGUAACAACAGAGGGAUGAGGAAUUAGGCAUCCAGCCUGCUGAUUCCUUUACCCUGGGAUGAGCAAUCCUGUUGUCUCAAACUAUGUGUGCAGCAGAAUGAGAUGACAGAAUGGACUAUAACACUCAAGACUUAAAGUGGGAGUGUAUGCUAUUUUUUUUAAUUGCUCUCCCAUAGUUCACCACAACAUAACACAGCAGGGAGAAAAGUUCUGUUCCAGACCCCUCCUUGCUCCGCUAUUUUUUUCUGACUCCAAAUAGCUUUUUGAUGUAAGGGAGCACUGGCAUUUGUAAUCCCACCACCUGCUUUGAAAUGAUAGCCAUUUGACCACCUUAUUCUGCUAGGUAUGUAGACCUCAGAGGCCCCUGCUGUAUGUAGAGGCCCCCAGAGGCACAGCAAAAACAAGUCUGUUGAACCUUUGCAGGCCAUCAUAUAUGGAAGGUGGGCUGCAUUCAAAACACUGAAUCUCAGGUUGUAAAUGCAUGGCCUAUCCUGAUGAUGUGACUGUAGUCGCAGCAGGGAUGCAAAGUCUUAUCGGCAGGGAGCAGAAAGAACCACUUGACCAUCUUUGGGGAGGGAGAAUGCCAAAAUGAGAAAUCGGGUGUUUUUACUUGCAUUCACUGAAAAUAAUAAACUGUUUUUGAAAAAUAAAAAGCACAUGCAAAGGAUAAUCAAAAAUCACACAAAAUUUACAUUUGAUGCUGCAUGUCUUUGGAAAAUACAUUAGGUGGUUCACAGGUGGGGUUGCCCUGCCCACCUGUCAAAGCUGACCUAUAGGGGGCCACCAGGCCAAAAAGAUUCCCUGCUUCUGAUGUAUGUGAUACCGUUAAACAUGGAGGUGUUGAUGGAGAGUAGUGAGAUGACAUGAUGGGAGUGCUUCUCCACAUCAAAUUCCCUGCUCAUAAGAAACCAGCACAAGGAGAUUAGAUUGGGAGCCUCUCUGAGAGAUGCAAUGUUUUCACAGGUACAAGCUGAUUUGGGGAGGGUGAAUAUUUACUUAACACAAUGCUGGGUGCCACUUGAAUUCUGAAGUGGCACUGCACAAAGCAAACUUUGCUAUGUUAUGCUUCUGGCUACGGGGACUGCAGAAUUUUCUAGUGGACUGUGACCUCAAUGCAAUGCAGGGAAAAACCACUGCUGGGUAUCUUUGGACUCCUAGAAAACCUCACAAAACCAGUGACUAUGCACUUUAUAAACAGCAAACCAAAAUGUUUGGCAAACCGUUUUGUCUCUCAGGUGCAUGGAAUGUAGGUGUAUUAACAAAAGUGAGUCUCCGGGGAGGGAGGGUAUGUGUGUGUUCAUAGAAUUGUGACUCUCUGUGUACCCUUGUUGUCAUUUUAGUUGUGAGCAUAUGCACACUGCUGUCAACAAUUGCUGUUGAAACCCUUGCAAUAACAGUCCUUGUUUCACUUUGCCAAGGUGUAUUUGAUAUUAAACUUACCCUUUUCCAGAAAAAAA